AGCCGGGCUGGGGUGGGGGGAGGGGCCGUGCUCCGGCGGCGGCGGCGGCGGCGGCGGCGCUCGGGGCGGGCAGGGCCGGCAAGGGCGGGACUGGCCCUCUGCGGGCGGACGGGGGAGCCGCGGAGCUAACGGGUCCGGACGCCGGCGGCGCCAGCGGCUUUCUGCACGGGCGGAGGCGGCGGCAGCGGCGGCGAGUAUGGCCCGCGCGGACCCCGGCGCAGACUGAGGGUCCCGCGGCUGCAGCCCGGCGCCUGCUCUGAGUGAGCCUGGGGAUCCGUGCUAGCGCCAGCCUCUGGGGGCAGGAAGGAGGCGCCACAGACCCAGAGGACCGUCCGAGCAGCUCCCUGCCGACCCAGCCCCCGAGGACCCCACAGCAGAAACAGGAGCUGCGCACCUCCCCCCCGACGCCACUGCAGUUGGGACCCGGGCAGCGCAUCGGAAGGACCAGCAGCCGCCAGUGCCAGGAGGGUCUUGGGCGUGGCAGCAGGGGUUACCCACGGGGCUUCGUCCCCUUCCCUGGCAGGGGCCGGGGCUGGGAGGGCCCCUCCCCGGGCCGGCGGCUGUUGCAUGGAAGCCCGGCCGCACCAUGCCCAGGCCUUCUCUCUGCUGACGGGGUGGGAGGGCAUCCCCGCUGCCUCCGCCUCUGCUCAUGAGCCACAAGGACCCCGGCUGCUCCAGACUGGACCGUUCGAAGCCGCCAAAGAGGGGGCCCCCCAGAGCUGGCAGCCAGCAGCCCCGAGGGACUCGAAGGCCGGCAUGGACUGACCCCUCGCGUGCCGGCAGGGCAGAAGGCGCCGAGCACCUGUGGCCCAGCUAGUGACGGAAACUCCACGAAGUCAUAAGGGAGGGCCCAGGCGGCUCGGGGAUGGGGGUCCGCUGCCGCCAGCGUCCUUCAUCCUGACGGGGCUGCGGAGAGCGUGGCGUGGGGGCCCCGCCGCUGUCCCCUUAUGCCCUGUGCGCCCAGAGCCGGAGCAGGCAGGCUACUGCGGGGCCCCGGCGCCCCUCCACGGCCCCCUGGCACGGCGCACCAUGAAGUGCUCCCUGCGCGUGUGGUUCCUGUCGGUGGCCUUCCUGCUGGUCUUCAUCUUGUCCCUGCUCUUCACCUACUCCCACCACAGCAUGGCUGCGCUGCCCUACCUGGACUCGGGGGCCCUGGGCGGCACCCACCGGGUGAAGCUCGUGCCGGGCUACGCCGGCCUGCAACGCCUCAGCAAGGAGGGCCCAGCCGGCAAGAGCUGCGCCUGUCCCCGCUGCCUGGGCGACUCCGGCGCCUCCGACUGGUUCGACAGCCGCUUCGACGGCAGCCUGUCCCCCGUCUGGACCCAGGAGAACAUGGACCUGCCCCCAGAUGUCCAGAGGUGGUGGAUGAUGCUGCAGCCCCAGUUCAAAUCACACAACACCAGAGAAGUGCUGGAGAAGCUGUUCCAGAUUGUCCCAGGCGAGAACCCCUACCACUUCCGGGUCCCCCAGCAGUGCCGUCGCUGCGCCGUGGUGGGCAACUCUGGCAACCUGCGGGGCUCGGGCUAUGGGCCAGACGUGGACGGGCACGACUUCAUCAUGAGGAUGAAUCAGGCUCCCACUGUGGGGUUUGAACAGGAUGUUGGCAGCAGAACCACCCACCACUUCAUGUAUCCCGAGAGUGCCAAGAACCUGCCUGCCAACGUCAGCUUUGUGUUGGUGCCCUUCAAGGCUCUGGACCUGCUGUGGAUCGCCAGUGCCCUGUCCACAGGCCAGAUCCGAUUCACCUACGCUCCAGUGAAAUCCUUCCUCCGAGUGGACAAAGAAAAGGUUCAGAUCUACAACCCGGCCUUCUUCAAGUACAUCCACGACCACUGGACGGAGCAUCACGGGCGCUACCCUUCCACGGGCAUGCUGGUGCUCUUCUUCGCCCUGCACGUGUGUGAUGAGGUGAACGUGUACGGGUUUGGGGCCGACAGCCGAGGCAACUGGCAUCACUACUGGGAGAAUAACCGGUACGCGGGCGAGUUCCGGAAGACGGGCGUGCACGAUGCGGACUUCGAAGCCCACAUCAUCGACAUGCUGGUCAAGGCACGAAAGAUCGAGGUCUACCAGGGCAACUAAAGCCGGCCUCGCCACGACCCUGCCGGGCCCAAGCCGC